UUCUGUCAUUCAGCCACGUCAUUUUCGCUUGAUAGAUGAUAGUAUACGCGGCGUUAAAAAGAUAAGGAGUGCUCUUAAAUAUAAACCAUGAAUAUAUUCCGUUUACUUGGUGAUUUGUCCCACCUUCUAGCUAUUAUUAUAUUAUUACUCAAAAUAUGGAAAACGAGAUCAUGUGCAGGUAUAUCCGGAAAAUCGCAGAUACUCUUUGCAAUUGUGUAUACGAUGCGAUAUUUAGAUCUGUUGACGACUUACGUGUCUGCCUAUAACACUGUUAUGAAACUGGUGUUCAUCAUCGCCUCUUGCGCUACUGUUUAUUUGAUCUACGUCAAGUUCAGAGCUACCUAUGACCACAACCAUGACACAUUCAGAAUUGAGUUUCUGUUAGUUCCAUGCUUUGUGCUGGCACUGCUGAUUCACCAUGACUUCACUGUGCUAGAGGUCAUGUGGACCUUCUCCAUUUACUUGGAAUCAGUUGCCAUCCUACCACAGCUGUUCUUAGUAUCAAAGACAGGUGAAGCGGAGAGCAUCACUUCUCAUUACCUGUUUGCUCUCGGAUCGUACCGAGCCCUCUAUUUACUUAACUGGGUGUACCGCUACGUCGUGGAGGAUCAUUAUGAGUUAAUCGCCAUCGUUGCUGGCGUGGUGCAGACUGUCCUGUACUGCGAUUUCUUCUAUCUUUACAUUACGAAAGUUCUCAAAGGAAAGAAGCUGCAGCUGCCGGCUUAAUGUUGCAAUAAAACUUUACACAGGUGUUGUGAAGGUGUUUUUAUAAGCCAAUAAUUUACCUAAGAUCUAGAUAUACAACCAUUGUCAGUAUAGUUGUGGAAAUGUUGAUUACUGAAGCCAAUUAUGUGAGGAAUUUUUUACUUAAUUAUCAUUACUGUUUAUUAUAAUUUGCGUAAUUUGACCAGUAUAACGUUACGAGAGCGGUAAAUUGAAACUUGGAUUGGCUGAAUACAAUAUUUUUAUGUUAAUAGACUUAUUAACACUGAUCAAAAUUGAUUGCUUCUUAAUUAUUUGAACUGUUUCUUAAGCUUAUUAUAGAUGAAUUUUAUCGUAUGUAUUGUAUAAUGUAACUGAUAAAUCCCUAUCCCAUAUCUGUAGUUAAUUUCAACAAUUAAUUAAGUUUCUUUAUCUGUAAACAUUGCCCUACUGUAUUGGACACCUGUUGUUACAUUAACCCGUUAAGCGUUAACCACAACUAUCGUCAAGCCUCUAUUUUCGCUACAAAACGGGAACACCAUGAUAGCGGCUACGGCGUAGCGCUACGAAAUUUGCGUAGUCAUUACCUUUUAAAAAUAUUGGCCGUCUUUUCAAAAGAAAAUAUAUUUAAGACUUGAAUCCAUUCUAUAAUAAUACAUUUAGCUUGACAAUAUCUAUCAUUGAUAGAUGGAGGGAUGUUGAUCUUUAUAAUUUCCGAAUGUAAAUACUACUAAGUUUGCGUGUCGAUGAUUUUAAUAUUGUAUUUUUUUUCGGAAGCAUAUUGAAAUGAUUUCUCCAGAGUUUAUGAAAUCAAGGGCUAUGUGCAUUUUCAGUUAAUAAUUAGUACCUAGUUACUAUAUUUACGAAUGAUCUACAUAUAACACUAGAAUGAAGUACUUGAACAUAACAUUACAUACAUGUUUAUGAACUUAAGGAGGCAAGCAAUUAAAUAAAUUUAGGAUAACAUUUCCCGACUCUAAAAAAGUAUAUGUACGCGAUUUCGGUUUUAUAUAGAGUAACGAGUUAGGGAGUGUACUAAUUGUAGAUCAAAUUAUUGAGUUUUUAUAUUUUACGCUGAGCUGCAUUAAAAAGAACGAAAAAGUUUAGAGAUGGCUGUAGUUUUCAUCAAGUAGCUUUUGAGUCUAUUUUGGUAUAUAAAACUGUAUGUAUGAAAGGAGUAAUUGAGUAUCGAUUUGUCUCGGUAGGCAGAUCAUUGUGCCUAAUUAAAUGGGAUAAUUGACGUAAUUAACCGGUUAUUUGAUCGAACGUGAGACAAGCUUGUUCCCUGCGGGACAGCAAUGGACAAUUUGAAGCAUUUUUUUGCACCUCAGUGUCAUUCAAUAAAACAUUGUAUUGUCUUGCAAUAAAAUCGUAUCUAAAUAAAUUUGGAAGUGACAGA